UCAUGAAGGCGUGUUUUCUUGGCUCUUUCAGACGCUACACUUCUUUCCUGUCAUCCAUUGUGACUUUAAGACAACUUAAUGGAUUCAUAACUUGUAAUAUAAAGGAUAUAAACUAGUUUUGUUUAAAUUUAAGGACCCUGGGACCCGACAACAUGAACUUCUUGAUACCUCGAAUAAUUGUACGGUGUUAAUAACUAGCUUCGCUGGUUAACCUCAACGUCGCCAACAAUAAUGGAGACUGGAGACGAAGUUUCACCCGAAGUACAGACUGUUUCUCCUCCUGUGUAUGUUUCGAGAGGACCAAACCCAGAACUGAAGAAACUUCUGUUUUUUAAAGUUUACAAGAGGAGAUGGUUUGUCCUGCUGGUGUUGUGCCUGUUGAACUGCUCCAACGCGACGUUAUGGCUGACCUUCGCUCCAGUAGCGGACCAGUCAGCCAAGUAUCUAAAGGUCACCUUGGAGCAAAUUAACUGGUUAUCACUGGUCUACAUGGUGGUGGCCAUACCCCUCAGUAUGGGGACCACGUGGAUGCUGGACACCCUCGGGCUGCGAGUCACGCUGAUUCUGGGGUCCUGGCUGAACAUGUUUGGAGCUCUGGUGCGUUUCUGUGGGAACCUAUCUGGUCGGGACUUCACAAUCCAGUAUGGUGUAGUGAUGCUCGGUCAGACCCUCGCUGCCUUGGCUCAGCCCCUCAUCAUUUUCACCCCCACCAAGUUGGCAGCACUCUGGUUUCCCGACCACCAGCGUGCUACGGCGAACACCAUCGCCUCAAUGUCUAAUCCCCUGGGCAUCCUUCUUGCCAACAUCAUCUCUCCCAUGAUCGCUCAAAGAAAUGAGUUAAUCCCAGCCCUGUUGCUGGCCUAUGCAGUCCCGGCAUGCAUCAUCUGUUUCUUAGCAACAGUGGGGAUACGGAGCAGCACCCCACCGACGCCCCCGUCAGCCAGUGCUGAGGCGUCCAGCUCGGAGCCGUUCAUACAGGGGAUUAAACUGUUGAUGAAAAACAAAGCCUACCUCAUCCUGCUGAUCUGCUUUGGUGCCGGCAUGGCUGUUUUCAGCUGCUUCUCCACCCUGCUGGAGCAGAUCAUGUGUGUGCAAGGAUACACCAAUUACUUUGCUGGUAUUUGCGGCGGCUGCUUCAUUGUCUUUGGCAUCCUGGGCGCUGCUAUUCUGGGUCUGUACGUGGACAAGACGAAGCACUUCAUCGAGGUAACAAAGAUCAACAUGAGCCUCACUUCUCUGGCAUGCAUCGCCUUCUCUGUGGUGUCUCUGAUGCAGGACCAGAAAAUCGCCAUUGCUGUGGUCUGCUCUCUUUUUGGAUUUUUUGGUUUCGCCAUUUACCCGGUGGCCAUGGAGCUCUCUGUUGAAUGUUCCUACCCUGUUGGAGAGGCAACAUCAGCUGGACUCCUCUUCAUAUCAGGGCAGGUUCAGUCUCUUCUCUACAUUGUCAUCCUUCAGGCAUUGACCACGCCACUCACAGACGCUCCUCUGGCGACAUGCGGGAACGACAUCCUGAACUGGAAGGUGCCGCUGAUGGUGAUGGCCAGUCUGCUCAGUUUCUUCACCUGCAUCUUCGUCAUCUUCUUCCACACACGAUACAAACGGCUCGAGGCAGAGGAAGAAGCGAUGUACGGGACUGAACCGGGGAGUAUCUCGACGACCACCGAGCACUCAGAGAGUAUAAACUCUGAAACCUCCUGAGAGGCUGCUGACCAAACACACAAAGAGAGUUGUGGGCAUUUAUUACAUAAACCUUAAGAUUCAGAGGAUUCCUCUGAUUAAGGCACUCGUGUUCUCAGUGAUCCUUUUUGGGGCCAAACAUUUUUGUACUUUGAUGUAUGAUAACAGAUUGUAUCUAAGCUCUGAGGCUGCUAACAGCAUCAUUCAAUUUUCAGAACUUAUAAAAUAAAGCACUUAUGACUGGGGAUGGUAUUAGUUAAUUUUUAUUGAUAUUUAUACCCUUAGAGGUACUUCUUUACUUCCCAAGACCUUAUUGAUACUGCUAUCAAUAGUUUUCUGUAAUCAUAGAAAAAAAGUUGACCUUAAUAUAAUUGGCCUUAAAUAUACCAGUUAUGUUACCCUUUCUAAUAGUAAUUUUAACAACCAAACCUAAGAUUUUUUUUGGCUUUUAUUUCUAGAGGAUGUCAGAAGAUACUUUGAAAUGGGGAUGAGAGGUUACGGUAUGACAUGCAGAAAAAAAAAGCCACAGGCUAAAUUUUAACUGUGCCACAUAUAUACAUGGGGUAUGACCUAAUUGAUAGGCCUUCUGCGCUCCUAGAUUACUAUAGCUACGACGUGCAUGGCUCUGUUACACCUUUCUGUGAAUUGCUCGUUGCGGAACAGAAAUGGGCAUUCCUUUUCACCUUUAUUGUGGAAUCUGUUUAAAAACGGCUUUUGUCUUUACUGUCAUGACAAAGUCUUGGGAUCUCACCACAGCUGCUUUGACUGGAGGAGGAUGAGGGCUGUCCUGCCGCAGCAGCAGCAGACAAGCUGACUAACAGCCUUUUAACAUUACUAACACUGACACUAACAGAGCUAGCAUUGCUUAUGUUAGCAGCACAGCUAACAGGUCUGGAUGACACACCCCCUACAGUAGUGGUCCUAAACCAUUUUUCUUUGGAGUCCCUCCUAUUUAUUUCAAAGACAAGCUGGUGCCUGCUGUUCUUUCCUGUUGUUUUUCUCUAUAUGUCAGCCACUGUGACUGACGGGUGACCCGUCCAGGGUGUACGCCGCCUCUCACCCAAUGACAGCUGGGAUAGGCUCCAGCCCCCGAAUCCUGAAUAAGCGGUGUAAAAACUGAAUGGACCGAUCAAUCUGAUAAAUGAUAAAAAUUCUCUCCAGGGGAUUAUCAAUUGCCAGAAAUACCUAAUGCAUCAAAUGUAAUACAAAAAUUUUUAUGUGAAAUUUAAUGGCAAUUUUUUCUCUUUUUGGCUUUCAAAAGAAGGUUUAACUAACAUCUUAGUUAAAAAUUAGAGUUUUUCUGGCAAUUUUUUGAGGUUUCAGGCUUCAAAGGGUUAAACUCGGCCUCACUUAAAUGAGUCAUUAGAAAAAGUUAAAGGCAUGGGCAUAAACAAAGGAAGACUUGAGCUGACAGUCUGUAGGUCCUGCCUUUAACUCAACAAAAUUAUCUGUACAUACUGCCAGUAUUUAUAGUAAAUAUCAGCAGAAAUGUUCAUAUCUGCUGAUAUGGAUUACUAAUGUUUUAAGCUAAAAUCUGCCGAUAAUGUCAUGCAUCCAUAUAAAAAAAUGUUUCCCAACCUGAGAUAUAAUAACGCUUAACAUCACCAGACUCAAUAGCAGUAUCUAUAAGGUUUUGAUUUCCAGGUUUUGAAAAAUGCACAUCCUUAUGGUUCUGGGUCUCCUCCAUCCCUACUGAUGAGUGUGUAAUAUUGCACAAAAAUUUAACUUUGGAGGUGAAAUUUGUACAGAUUUUUUUUUAGCAUUUUAUAGAUAUUCCUGAUGGCUGGGAAAGGUGGGAAAAUGAACAUUUCUGUACUGAUCAUGCAUUUGAAUGUUUAAUUUCCAUUUUCUAUGAUCAUUUUUCCCAUCCUUUACUGACAUAAUGAGAGGGAACUUUAUGAUGACUUGACUUAGAGUUUUAGAGAUUUAAAGCUUUUUCAUCCAAUGUCAGAGUUAUUUGUGUAAACAUGCUCCUUUUAAAUAUCUUGAUUUUUUUAUGAGUUGCAGCCAGUCUAAUGAACAGUUGUGCUGCUAAAAUCACUGCUGGUUUGUUAGAACUCAUUGCAGUCUUUCUUUUUACCUGCAUCCAUGCAGAGAAGAACUUUGUUGUGACUUUAAGGGAUUGACCUAAAAAAAAGAGCUUUUGUUGGUGUUUUAAAUCACUGACACGUUAUUCUGCCAUCAGACUGCACUGAGAAAACAGCUGACAAUAUUCUAGAUCUGCUAUGAUCUGUGUCAUAAAUCCUUACUGUUACAUUGACUCCUCUUGUUAAGCUUGCCAUGAUUACUCGAUUAUUUGCCAAUAACUGAAUCAAUCACAAAUCAUUUUGUUGUUUAAUUUUCUCAUUUCAGCCUCUUAAAAAAACAUUUGUUUUUAUUGUCAUUAGCUUUGUUAUUAGAUUUCUUAUGUUGGCUUUAAGAUUUUUCAGUGAAGUUCAGCCACAUUUUCAGAACUACCUCGGGACAGUUCUUUGCCUCCAGGUGGUUUACAGUUGCUGAACAUUCAAAGUACAGCUGUGGGUCAAGACAAAAGGGAUUGAGGGGUUCUUGACCUCAACCUUUUAACUCCAAAAUCUCAUCCGUUUAUUCUCAAGUCAGGGUGGACAUUUCUGUCCAAGUUGGAAGGAAAUCCCUCAAAGUGUUGAGAGGAUUGAACAUGAGGCCACAUGACCUUGACAUUUAAGCUCCAGAAUCAAAUCAGUUCAUCCUUGAGUCAGAGCAGAUGUUUUGCAGCAUUAGAGGAAAAGCCCUUGAAGCAUUUCUUAGAUACCAUGUUCGCAAUAAUUGCCAGGAUGGGCGGGCAUAUGGAGGGAUGUAAAAAAAAACCAGAAAUAAUGCCUCUGGCCCUGAGAAGUCAUAACAAUUACUUUAAUGUUGAGACAAAUAUAAACAAGUCAGCUCUUCAGUAUUUUGAAUAAAUAAGCUAUUUGUUCAUUUUGGCUCUGUAGGCCAAAAUUUCACAUCAGUUUAUUAUUGUCUUGAGCUAAAACCACUAUAGAAGAUACGAGUUAAUCUGAGUCUUUCCUUUCUUGACAAAUUAGAUAGUUGUCAUGGAAAUUUUAAUGUUAUCUCAAGAUUAUACUGUUAAUUGCACUUGCUCAGCCACUGAGAGAUACACAGUGAGGAAAUGCACUUCUGGUGUUUCCAGAUGACUGCAGGUAGAUUGAUGAAUCUGUCAUCUGCAGCCAUUUAUCCGACAUCAGAGCUCACCUAUAUGCCUGUAGACACUCGGAGACGAUCAUUGACAUCCAGUGAUCUUUCAUCUGCAUUUUUCUGACUUGUUACAUUUUUAGGGAGGCCAUGCCAGGCCAUGUGCGUAGGCUUCUGUGUAGGUUCAGGACUACACAAGCCAAGAUACAGGACUAUCAAUCAGGUGCAAAAGAUUUCACACACCAAGAAGAGAAAUGAAACUUUUUAUUUUCUUUUGGAACAAGUUGUUGUACCAAACAGAACAAAACGGUUAUACCACUAGCUUUUGGUUCUGUUCACUGUUGUUUGUUAAGGAAAUUAAGCCUUAAAGCAUUGUUAUUUCUACAACUCUGUAAAACACUUAAGACAGAAGUGUUAUAGAUUUGUUGGACUGUUUAUGAAAGAAGCUGCAGCCUCAUUGCACUGACACCAUGAGCUGUGGGUUUGUGCAAUAAAGAAAAUAAAUCCACUGACAAAAUGACCUGUGUGUGCCUUAUGCCAGUGGUUCUCAACUGGUUGAGUCAUGGGACCCAACAUCAACUCCUCAAGGAGAAAUGCAACCAAAAGUUUGUAGAUUUUUUUGGUCAAUCAGAUGUAUUUAAUAAAAAAUAGUUGAGGUUGGGCCUAAGAUGGUACAAAAGAUGCAACAAAACAAGGAAAAAAGGACUAAACAUGUCUGUUUUUAAAGCGUCUCAAACAAUUUGGCGCAGGCACACAUCUGCAACCCACUGAAAAGGGCUGCAUGACCCACUUUUGGGUCCCGACCCAUCAGUUAAGAACCACUGCCUUAUACAACUUAUGAUUUUGUACAUGGUUGAAAUGAGUGGCAUUCAUGUUUAGUGGUGCAAUGAAUCUGCUGGGUUUUUUCUUAUAUUUUCCAUUUACAGUGGCUUUAAUAUACUUUUUCCACUGGCUCUGUAGACCAAUAUUAAAUUGUAUAAUCAAAGCGGUUACUAAAGGGCUAAAGAUAUGAAAUACUGGAGGAGUAAAGUAUUUUUCAAAUGUUUCCCUUUUUGUCUAAAUGCCUCAAAAUGCCAUUAAAAUGUUACU